UACAUAUGCUACUAGUGUCAAAAUUCUAAAACUUGCUAAAAGUGAGAAUGGAAAACUAUAUUUUAUAUGAAGAGUUUGGGAAAGGAAGCAAGUCUGUCGUGUACAAGGGCCGAAGAAAAGGCACUAUCAACUUUGUUGCUAUACUUUGCAUAGACAAAAGUAAAAGACCUGAAUUAACAAACUGGGUUCGUUUAAUACACAGCAUAAAACACAAGAAUGUGGUCACUUUUUAUGAGUGGUAUGAAACCAGUAACCACCUGUGGCUUGUUGUGGAGCUGUGUACUGGUGGCACACUAGAAACAGUCAUUACACAGGAUGAACACCUACCAGAAGAAACGAUUAGGGAUUUUGGCAUUGACAUAAUUUCUGCACUGCAUCAUAUCCAUGAACUUGGUAUUCUAUUUUGUGACCUUACUCCUCGCAAGAUUCUUCUUGAUGGACCAGGCACUUUAAAAUUGACAAACUUCAGUUUUUCCAAAGCCCAAGGAGAAAAUCUUGAAGAGUUUCUUGCAAUGAUCAGAUCUGAAGAGAAUGUCUUAGAUCCCGAAGAAUCUACCCCUAGGAGAAGCUUGAGAAAGCGAAUUAAAGGUUCUCCUGUCUAUGUGGCUCCAGAAAUCAUAAAGGGAGCAGAUUAUUCCACAGCUAGUGAUUUAUGGUCAUUUGGGUGUGUGUUAUACGAAAUGUUCACAGGUCACCCGCCAUUCUUCUCAGAAAGCUUCUCUGAACUGAUUGACCAAAUUGUAAAUGAAGAUUUUCCACAACCUCAAGGACUAUCAGCUGCCAAUCCAUCUUCAGACUUCCUAGAUUUACUCACACGCUUGCUUAAUAAGGAUCCUCUCAAACGCAUGAGCUGGCCUCAAUUACUACGUCAUCCUUUUUGGAAAGAUGCAUUUGAUGGGGUAGACAGUAAUGCCAUUUCCAGAAUCAAUAAAGAAUCUUUGACUGAAAUAAUCAGAGACGACCCUGGAAUCACUGAAAACCUCCUUAAGAAGUCUUUUAAAAUUGCAGAUGCCGCAGAUCUUAGGCCUAAAAGUGCACUUGAUGGAGAAACAAAAGAGGCAGUUUUCCUGCUCAGCUCCUGCGUAACCCCUCAAUCUAACUCUGCUGCAACGACAAACAAAAAACCUAAUGCUGCUGUCAAUGAUGGGUUACAGAAGAAAACAGAAAUUCACCAGGUGCAAAAUGAGCGUUCAAACCAACAGGAACUGGAGCGUAAAAUUAAAGCUCUCACCUUUAAUGAUGCAGAUCUCAUUAUAACACCAAUUAUAGACAAUCAUAAGAUUAUGAAGAUAUCACCUGUGAGAUUUGAUGCAAAAACAUUAAGCGUGACUGCAUAUCCAGCUGAAAAACUUGCCUCUAUGAAGCACCAAGAGUGGGAUGCCUUCUUGAACCAGCUGUGCUCCGUCAUGGACUCUGCAACCUUACCACGUGCCAAGCUUAAUUUGCUUUGCUACUUAUGCACCAUUUCUAUUCACAAGGAAAUUGCCACAAAGCUAAUCAACUCUCAGCUUUUUUCUUCUCUCAUCCAGCAGCUACGAAGUGCCCCAAACUGGGAUAUACGAGCCAAGGUUGUGAAAGUCAUUGGUUUGGUUGCUGCACAUACAUAUGAGUUGAAGGAAAAUGUGCCGGUCAUGGAGGCAAUCACCUUGCUGACUGAGCUGAUUAGAGAUAAUUUCAGGAACAGCAAGUUAAAACAAUGCCUCUUGCCAUCCCUCGGAGAGCUUAUUUAUGCCAUCGCUAUUCAAGAGGAGAAAACGGAGCACUCCAGAGACACGUGGAGCAUUCCCUCAGCUGCUUACACUGUGCUAAUGAGGUGCCUUCGAGAAGGGGAAGAGCCUGUUAUACAUCAUUUGACAGCAAAAAUUGUUGAAAAUGUCAGUACAACAAUCACCUCUCAUGUUCAAGGAUUCAUUACGGGUGAAAUUGGACCUUCUUUGUGGUAUAUUUUUACCCAUUCCACUGUGGAUUCUCUGCGUAUAACAGCUAUAUCGGCUUUAUGCAGAAUCACCCGUCACUCCCCUACUGUGUUCCAGAGUGUGAUUGAAAAAGUAGGACUUUUGUCUGUGAUAAACUCCUUAGUGGCUGGAAUAGCCAAAGUCCAACAGUACAUGUUGACUAUGUUUGCAAUGAUGAUGUCAGCUGGAAUUCACCUUCAAAGACUUACUCAAGAAAAGGAAUUUGUUACCAAAAUAGUACGUCUAUUGGAAAGCCCUUCAACAGCAAUUCGGGCCAAAGCUUUCCUAAUCCUUUUGCAAAUUUUAAUCAACAACCGAGAGAUGCUUCUGCUAUGCUGCCAAACAAGACUCGUGAUGUAUAUUGAAAGAGACAGCCGAAAAACUGCACCAGGAAAGGAGCAGCAAAGCGCCCACGAAUACCUGUCAGCAUGUCUGGACCUCCUCAUCUGUCACGUUGUGCGGGAGCUGCCAGGGAUCCUUGGUGAUAUUCUUAGUGCAUUAUCUAAUGUGUCAGGAAGAAAGCAUCCAUCUACUGUGCAUGUUAAGCAGUUGAAACAUUGCCUCCCUAACAUGGCAAUAGUGCUCCAUCUUGUGACCUCCCAGGUAUUCCGAUCACAAGUCGUGACUGAGGAGUUUUUAUACAACUAUGGAACUUUGUUAGCCCAAAUUAAAUGUGUGGACACUGGCGAGACUAAUUUGGAAGGAGCAGUAGGUCAAGCUGCAUCAGAUGAAAUGAUUAGGACAGCUCUAUCAACGUUUGAAGCUGUAACACAGCAUCCAGUUUUGUUGACACUUCACCACUCCCCAGUUGUGGAUUGCAUUCUCCCACCUUUAGUUUCAUUGGUAUGCAGCCAGAAUGGGGAAUGGAGGUUCUUCAGCUUGCGGCUACUUGCAGAAACCACAUCACUUCUUGUAAACCAUGAAGCUGUGGCUGAGGGCAGAGUGAAAGUCCUUCAAUCAAAUAGUGCAUUCAUGUCCUUGGUCAGAAAUGCAUUACUUCCACUGUAUGACAAAAUCCUUAUGGAACCAGAUCCAGUCCCGGUAUAUGCCUUAAAACUAUUGGUCCCACUGACAGAAUACAGUCCAGCUUUUAUCAGGGUCCUUGAAGAAAAUAAGCUUGUUCCUGUUAUGUUUCAAUUGAUCAUGGCACAUCAAGACAAUGUUCUGGGUAAUGUAAUUCAGAACGUGAUCUCCUUAUUAUACAACUUGGUUGCCCAAAAAGAUACAAACAUGAAGCUUCUCUAUGAGCAAGGACUGGUCCAUUACGUAUCAAACACGAUAGUGGAGACUGCAGCUUUGUAUCUGGAGGUAGAGGACAAAAGCCGACUGAAGAUAGCUAAUGCGCAGCUCCUCCUUCUACUCGAUAUAUUGCACUGCAUGCUGAAAUAUACAUCUGGCAUUGUGCGAGUGGUUAUUCAGGCUCAGAAGUCUGGAAAAGUAGGAGACACUCAGAUGGCCGAGGACCUCCUCCUUUUAAAUAAACCUUUGACAGACCUUAUUAGUCUUCUUAUUCAACUGUUGCCAUCUGAGGAUUCAGAAAUAUUUGAGAAUGCCUCACAAUGUUUGUCUGUAAUGGUCCAGCUUUACGGUGGUGAAGGCCAAGAUAGUAUGUCCCAAGAUAACAUGGAGAGCUUUGCUCAAGUAUUGCUUUCUAAGAAGGACCCAAAGCAUCAGAAGCUUAUGCUGAGAGUCAUUAAAAGACUGAUAACAUCAAAUGAAAAGCAUUUGGAAAGUAUGAAGACUGAUGGGGAUGUGCUCAUUCAAACUCUUAAAAGACUGUCUCAGGAAUCCAGCUCAACUACUGAUGCUGCUGUGGUGUCUCUGGUACGUGAAGUUCUGAACACAGUUGGACAUUGACAGAUGGCUAAACAAAUCCAGCAGGAGUCGACUUUUCAUGAAAUGGAUCACAUCUUAUCUUCAUUUGAAGUCUUUUACACAUUCUCAGAAUAUAAUACUGGGACAUGUAUAAUCUGUUGAUUGCUGCAAAUGUAUAUUUUUCUAUAAGAAAAAAUCUCAGAACUGUUUCUACCCUGUGUCUCAUUUACACGGACGUUGUGAUAUGUAAAUCCUUAAAGAUGCUGUUCUACAUACUGUGCAAAAUGUAACAUUUUUAUACAAAAUGUAGUAUUAGGGACAUCAUUACUGUUCUAGUUCAGUUCCCAAAUCCUGCCCAGAAAAUAAUUAAUCACCCUAUGUGUGUAUCUCUCUGGACCAGAUUAGUUAUAGCUGGUUGUUGUGUGACACAAGGAAAAUAGACUAAUAGGUUUAAUAGCUUUGUUGCUAUGGUAGCAGAAAUAAAAGAUUCAUUUGUUUCUAUGUUGUUUAUAUUUGUGUAAAAUUAUCAAGGAAAAGAAUAAAGCAAAUCUCUUGAACAGUC